AUGGCUUCGACAUCAGAGAACAAGAUAUCCAAUUUGACAGACAAAUGCGUCGCUAACUUUGCAGUCAAAGCAGCAGCUGGAUUGGGUGUUGGCGUGCUCACAUCAGCCAUCAUAUUCAAGAGAAGAACGUGGCCAAUUACGUUGUUUACCGGAUUCGGUGCUGGAUAUGCAUACUCAGACUGCAACAGGUUGUUUAAUCCAUUGGCAGUACCCGGUUUAAAGAUACAACAGCCAGAUCAAGCUGAUCAAAAAUAG